AAGAAGGCCUGUCCAUGCCCGCCACGACGCACCACGCGAGCUCAUUCAUUCAAGUUCCGCUCGCUGACUGGCCAUCCGACGCCAAACGUACCGCGAUACAUUCACGCACCGCACCAUCAACUAGGGAAAACUCUUUCUCUAGCACGGGCCCUUCUCAAGGUCGCAGAACAGGUGUCUCGAGGGCUGUGUUUAGUGAUGAUAGUGAUUGUUUAGUGAACGUGGCAGAAAUGUGACGUUGCAAGCUGGAUCGCCAUUGGAUUUUAUUGGACAUAACCUCAAAGCUCAUCGCGCGCAAACCCUCGGUAGUGCGUUCGUCAACUCGUGAUCCGCGUUCGCAGCAACUCUUCGGUUCGUGUGUAUAUGAUGGCAAGCGAGAACCUCGUCGGCCUUUUCCACCGCCAAAAUGAUAUCUUUAGCUAUGAGAAGGGAAGAUAGGCCGUCGACGUCUUCCAAACUACCUCCUUCCACGUCUACAGAUGAAUUCGUCGACAUACUACAGGUUCAGCAACUGCUGAUAAAUGACGGCCGGCGUGAUAGCCACCAACCUGGACCCCCAGGGGUCCCCCCAUCAUCGAUGGGCGGCGACCAAGGUCAAUAUCAAAAUAGGCCGCCACCCCUCGAAGCGGUCACCUAUUACUAUGGGGGCCCCCAGGGGCAUCAUUUCCAUCCAACAACACCAGGCAGCGCCAGUGUGGACGAGCUGGUGGCUCUGUGGCUCUCUUCUGGAGCAACGCCAUCUGUUCACCACCUAAGAAUGUCCCAUCAGAGUAGGAGCAAUCACAAACGUUAAUCGUGACCGUCGUGUACAAAGACAUUGUCCGAAUUCGCGCGAACAGUGGACAAAAAAACCGGUGGCAAGAUGAUCAUGGACACUCUGGACUCGCUGCCCAAUCAGCACCAUCACCAUCAUCAUCAUCACCACGCGACCGCGUAUCUGCUCACCGAGAGCGCGGCUGCCGCGGCAGCUGCACACCACUUCAACGUGAUCAGCUUCGACACCUGUCUGUACAAGACCGAGGGCUCCAUCAGCGGAGGUAGUCCCACACCAGCCAGUGUGUGCAGCCCUGCUGACGAUCCUUCGCCUUCAGAAGCUCAACCAGGAGAUCUCAACACCCCGGUCACCACCUCCAGUGAUAUCCCCAGUUUUUUCGGACCCAGCACUGUUAUUGAACCUCCACCAAUUACAGGUUCCUUGGACCCCGAAGAGCUGUCCAUCGAGCAGCAGCAGCAGCAACAACACUCUUCCCCCCAUCCCCACUCACCCUCGGGCAGCAGUCACGUGGCCACAGAACGGCACACUCCCCAAGAAUCGGCCCUUUCGCCCAGUGUCAGAGAGGAGGAAAACACCAACCACAGUACCCUCAGCAUGUACCCCCAGCAGCACGCCGGCACCAACAACAACAUGACCACGAAGCUCCAGCAUCGAGGGGGAGGCAGUUACAGUCCCAGCAUGCAGAUGUCCCAACAACAGGGGGGUAGCCCCAUGGGUGGCAUGGUGCAUUCCCCAUCUGCGGUGAACCAAUGGUUGCUGUCUAGCGGGGAUAAGCCCAUGUACCCGGCCAUGUUUGGCCUCUUGCAGGGUAGUGCGCAGAGCCCACAGCAGCAGUAUCCCUCAGCGACGCCCAGUCCGGCGGGGACGCAGUACGACGAAAGAUCACAAGCUGAACAAUUGAUGCUCACGAUGGAAUGUUCCAGCAACCUAGCCCUGAAACAACCCCCAUCCUACCCCAGCUGUUCGGCAACGAGCACAAGCCUUCAACUGGAGAUGCAACAGCAAGAGCUUGCGUAUACCCGUGUAGGACAGCCUUUAGCCAAGUAUCAAUGGGAAUCGCAGGAUUACGGGUCACCUCAGAGCACCACUUCAUUGGUGGUUCCAGGACCAUCGAAUCUGAUACCCAAGCAGGAACCGUUCACCACCACUUGUAGCGGGGAGCUAGGAUCAGGGGGUAGCGGGUAUUCCGCUGGGGUGCAGUUGGCGGAGUACAACCCCUCGACGAGUAAAGGGCAUGAAAUACUCAGUCAGGUGUACCAACAGAGCCCCAUUCCACUAAAGCUAGUACCAGUAAAACCGAGGAAGUAUCCGAACAGACCCAGCAAAACGCCGGUGCACGAGCGACCUUACGCGUGUCCUGUGGAGAACUGCGACAGGAGAUUUUCAAGGUCAGACGAACUGACGAGGCACAUCAGGAUACACACGGGUCAGAAACCGUUCCAAUGCCGGAUCUGCAUGAGGAGCUUUUCUAGGUCAGACCAUCUGACCACACAUAUUCGGACACAUACUGGGGAGAAACCUUUUUCAUGUGACGUAUGCGGAAGGAAGUUUGCCAGGAGCGAUGAGAAAAAGAGGCAUGCAAAGGUAGUCCACCUCAAACAGCGCAUGAAGAAAGAAUCUAAGCUAGCCUCAAGCACUUCAACGAGUAGCAGCGGAGGCAAUGGUUCCCAGCAGCAACAACCUUCAACGUCCUCCCACCAAGUUCCUCCCCAGCAUAGUCCCUCCACCCACCACCAUCACCAUCAUCCCCACUACCAUCCGCAUGUGCCCUCCUCCACUUCAGGCUCAAGUGGUGGGGCGCCGACCGACGACCAACUGGGACUCGCCACGGCCGUCACGAGCACCCUGUGAGAACAGCUCCCCGACCGUCCCCCCUCCGCUCAGGAGAUGGGAGGCGGUGACUUAGUGCUGUUGUGCUCCUCCCAGCCAGGGGAGGUCUUGGACCUAGAGAGGACCAGGAUCAUUAUCGUGCAGAUCGACUAGGCCGCGAUUUGCGAUAUUACAUGUGCGGUAAGGGUUUUGGAAUAGACUAGCCAGAUAGUUAACCAAUCUUGAUUGUGCAAUCUAUCUUCUCAGAUACCUCCAAAAACACAAAUAAAAUCACUCAUUUGAAUAAAAACAAGUGUCAAAAGAUGCGUGAUAUACACUGAAUCUUUAGACAGUCAUUUGAUUUGCCGGUGACUAGAAAACACAAAAGCAGAUAGGCAGUAUUACUAUCGCACGGAUUAGAAAACUUAAUACAGUAGUUAUACAAUUUGACUAACUUUAAAGCUACUCCAACAUUGUUAUUAUAAAAAAUCCUGAAACACGAAUCUUAAAAUGUAUAGCAAAAAUCCAUAGAUUAAAAAUUAACUCAAAUUGUUAUACCUUCAUCGAUCCUACUAUAGUGAGUGUACUACCCGCUAUACCACAUUUGGCAAGUAUUUCGUAAAAUUGCGGCCUAAGUCCCAACGACUCCACUAAAGAUACCUGAAAAUGAUCUCGUAGGCUUGUGUAAGUCCCGUAUGUCCAAGUCUGUGCCAUGUUGCCAUGUGUUUUCAUUAUUAUAAAAUGUACGAUGUAGAAGUUGCGAAGGCCAACGAUAAAAUGUGGAAUUCACAUUGCUUACCGACCAGAAUAAUGAACAAUCAUGUGUAAAAUCUCAAAUGAUCGUUAAAGGAGAAUGGGCAUUUUGCAAGGGAUACUGGUGUCCAUGAAUUUGACCUCCACCAUAACCUUGAUGGUCAAAUCAAGGUCAAGGCGUUUUUUUUAAUGGGGCUCACAUUUUUGACCUCGGAAAUGGAUAGGACAGAAAAUUUUACAUUCAGACAUGGCCUUGAACGUCGACGGUCACUUUAAAAAACGUCACGACGAGUUUGAAAAAAUAUCCGGAAUCUUUCUGAGAAUAAAGCAAAAAAAAAGGACCCGAAGGGAGCAGCAGCUUCGCCUUUACUCUGGCUAUUCACUGAUGACCUUGAACUGACCUUUACCAUGACCUUGAUGGUCCAACCAAUGCCAGGUCAAUUUUCUUUAAUAUAUAUAUUCUAUACUUUUGCCUCGCAAAUGGAUCGAGUAAAAACUUUCAUGUUCAGACAUGGCUUUGGGUAAAUAACAUUUUGAUCUUUGAUUUCCUGGUCAAGGUCAUCGUAACAAACCUGUUUGAUUGGUGGAAUGAGGUUUUAGGAAGGUUUCUGAACAUCAAGCAUAACACUAAGAACCUCAAGUCAGAAUUUAUCCUGGCUAUUCAUUAGUGACCUUGAGACUGACAUUGUCGAAGUCAAGACAAAUAUCUGUCUGAUACCCUGUACUUCUGAUAGAUAAAUAAAGCGGAAGCUUUGAUGACGUCUUUUUUACCGUGACAUGAAUUCCCAGUUUCAAGGUCAGCAGUGUAUAGCCAGGAAAGGUCCCUAAAAUGUUCCAUGAUUUUCACCCAAGCUCAUAUCUGAAAGUAAAUUUUUUGCUCUGUUUAUUUCCGGGGUCAUAUGAACAAAACCAUCUUGAGCUUGAUUUGACCUUGAAGGUGACGGCAAUGGUCAAAUUCAAGGUCACAACUGAAUAGCCAGGAAAAAUCUUGAACCACUACUGAUUUAUUUGUACCGUACCCCUUGCAUAUUACUUUAAAUCACUUUGUAUGUUCUAUUACUAUUCCUUCGAUUAUCAGAAGCCACGUAUUAUUGCCCAUCGUCCUUUAGCUUUUUAUAUACAGUAAGGUCCAUAAGCCGUGAGUUUUCCAAAUCGUAGCUUCGCAGACCUUACUUUAGGUUAGGUUUCCCCUAAAGUUGUUGUACAUACAAUAUGUAUUGUUAUAAAUACCGAGUCUCAGCCAUUUUGAAUGCUGCUGAUAUCACAGACUGAACCUAGAUGCAGGUUGUCCAUAAUCGUUUUUCACAACAUUUCGAAAAACAUCUUUGAAAUUACGCUUUCGAAUUAUGAGGCACCCUGUAUGAUAAAUUUAGCGACGACUAAGAGUCGCGCGAACCCAGUUGUUAUUUAGAAUGAAAUUAAAUUUAAAUCCUAUUUUUGUAUGUUUCAAAGUGAUUGUUGGUCAUUUGUAUAUUUUAUUUUUACUAUUUUUACGUGUUCUAAACACUACUAGAUUUUUUAACAUGUUAGAAUGAGUAACAGAGCUUUAAUUAUCAUUUUCCGGAUUGACCAAAGAAGAAAAUGCAAAAAUUCCACAAUAUUUUGAGAAACGUAUAGUCAAAUAGCAAAAUGGUAAAAAAAUAUUGGAUGGGUGUUUUCGCUUGUAGUUAAUUGAAAGUGACACCAGUGAUGGCUAACAUUUAAAAAAGUAAUUGAUUGAUUACUGAAAAGUUGUUAUUGCUAUACCAUAGUGGAUGGAGGAGUAAAAUAAGGAAUAUUUGAUUUUCAACUUUGACCAAUCCAUUAUAUUUUAAAACGUUGCCAAUUAACGCUGUUUCUUUGAACAUUCCGAACUUUUUUUAUUAAUAUAAUAAUUUAUUGUACUAGGCGACAGUAUGUAUUUAAAAAAAUGCUAUAUUUUCUUCAGAAGAAACUACUCGCCAUGUAUGUGUUUGUAAAUAAAUAUUAUUUAUUUUUUGUUAUAGUUUUAAAUUCACAACAAAAGUUUUGAAUAAAUUACAGCAAACUUGUAAUAUAGCUUUCGUUCGUUCUACCACAGACGUUUCGUGCUAUUUGGCAACUCCUCCGGAUAGUUUGGGCUUGGUGACAACGAACGAAAGCGGAUCAACUGUCCUCUAUUCCGCUAUAUAUAUAUAUAUAUAUAUAGCUGUCACAUGCCACUAGAUUUUUUUGACAAAUUGUUGUAGUUCGUUCAAAAUCAUCCAGUAUAACCUUGUCUACAUACAUACGCACAGUUCUAAUGAAUCGCAAAACGACCCUAGAAAGAUGUUUGGAAAACCUAUCUUGAAUGCCUUAAAGAAGUGUCUUGAAACUAGUAGAGAAAACUUUGCUAGAAUACUUGAUUUAUGGAAAAUAUAGUUACCAAGCCUUUUUGAUUUGCACAACCGUCGAGAAAUUUGAAUAUGGGCAUUUUAUACGUAUCUUCGUGACAAUCACAAUAUCAACUCGAUAUUUUUCAGGAUCACUGAUCGCUCAUUAAUGAGUGUAGCCUCUACAAGAUCUUGAUAAAUGGUGUCCUCUAGGCAUCUGAUCUUACCUAACAGAAAUAGAACAAAGUUUUUUUCGAUGUUUGUGCCGAUCAAAAUCGGAAUAGUAGAAAAAGUUGAUAGGAUGUAAAAAAUUACAAAACUUUCAACCGAAUCCAGUGGUGCCAUAUAUUUCCCCCACUCUAAAGAAAAAUCCUGACAAAAUACAAUAUUUUGGGCCUAAACUCUAAAAAAAGAUGUUAAACUCAAGUAUUUUGUACAUUUAACGAAAAUUUUGUAUAUAGUGCUGUACAUAGAGAAAUGUUACUUUAAAUAAUAACAUCCACUAAGUUUGUACAUAUUAUAGGUUUUUUGAUUAAAAACUUUAUGAAAAAAAAAUGAUCAUCGGCUGUUGUAUUGAAUAAAUAACUGUUGAAUAUUUACCGGUAAACUGUUUAAAAUUCAUGUGAGUAUAUUAAAGAUCUUCGUUAAUUUUGCACAUAUUGACUUUUAUCUCUAUUUUUAUAUCCUCUAAAAGAUGUCACUGGAUAAACUCUCCGACGAACUUGGACAAAAAACCGUAAACAAUAGUGAAUUAGAAAAACUAUAUUUUGUGAACUAAAUGUGCAUCCAAAAAUUGGCAAAAGUUUUUGCAAACACAGGUUCUCAAAUGUUCCAUUACGAAGAGGUACAUGGUAUUGUAAAUUUCUACGAUGCUGGCUACGCUUAUAGUAGAUAGAAGAUGAAUUUUCUCCAAAUAAUGUAUGGUAAGAUGAAAUCCAGCAUAUUUUCAAAUCAAAACGAAAUUGAUUGUUUAUACUGUUUAUCUCACAUAUUCUAAAAGGGCUGGCCUGAUAAAAAUUCUUAAAAAAGAUCAUUCAUGUAAAAUCACAUACCUUAUUUGAAAAUGCAAUACUUUAUUCAAAAAUGCUAGAGAUGUUUCAGUGGCAUACGAAAUAUUCUUAUCCUCUGUAAAGUCAACAUAUACGAGUUGCUUCGUCAUUGGUGUAAUUUGAAACCCCAAAAAUUUUGCAUGCAUUGGUUAUGCUGUUUGUGCCGCAUUUACAAAAGUUUAUCCUCCCAUGAACUAUUUUUCUCGAUCUCGACAUUAGAACUUCUACACCUUGUACGUGUAUGUUUAUAAAAACUUUCUGUACAAUUUUUUGGAUCGAUAGGAUGCGCUUAUUUUUCGAUAUACUUUUGCGCUAAAAAUGUCACUUUUUUAAUAGUGCUUUUUAAAAAAUCGAACUUCAAAAAACACACUGAUGUGAUCCAGAAUUUAGAGAAUUGAUUGACGAUUUUAAAAGGUAUUUAACAUGGAAAAUGCCAUUUUCGUCGGAAAGAGAAACCUAUGUAUAAAAAAAAGAUGAGGCUGUAUUGUUGUUAAUGUGAUAUUUGCUCUUUCAUGCCCAAUGUUGCAACGCUGUAUUUUCCUUUCCUGUCCACAUUUGGAAACACACUGUUUCAUUUACACUCGUUAAUUUUAUCGAAAAAUGUAUGGAAAAAAUUGAUGUACAUGGUUGUGUCCUAAGAUGUUGAAAUCCUCUCUCACUCCAAUCAACAAAAUAAACCUGCUGAGUAUAUU